ACAAUGUUCUCACCACCAAACUGCACCGCCAUCCCCCCCUCAGCACCCAGCGACGCAGGCAUCGCGGGCGCAGGUGUCCUAAUCUCCUCCUCCCUAACCGCCACCAUCGCCCUCCUCCUCUCCGCCUCCUUAAUCCUCCAAUCCACUUUUUCUUCUAAUUCCCGCCCCUCCACCAUCCGCCGCAAGCUCCUCGCCUCCUACUCCGACCAGCAAAUCCUCAUCGGCAUCACGCUGCAAUCGCUCGGUCUGGCGCGCUCUUCGCACAUCAUCCCCUACCACUUCUUCAUCAUCUGGAUGCUUUCCCUACUAUCCAUGGCCACGCACAACGCCACUCUCCUGGCGCUGGUCCAGGACUUCAAGAGGGAUUGGGUACUGAGGUGGAUGAGACAGGGCUUAAUGUUUGUCAAUCUGGCGCUGAGUUGUGUGUAUGGGGUGGUGGUGUUGGAAGGGAAGAGGAAAGGGUGGGAGGGGACGAUGCCGGUGGGGUGUAUAUGGGCUGUUGAUUCUGUGAAAGGAGAGGAUAAUAACAAUGGGAAGGUAGUAGCGGGGGGAUUGGACUACGUAGGCACGAUCGUGACGAUUGCUGGGAACGUGGUGGUGUUUGGGUUGGCGACGUGGUACUUGCAGAGUAGGAGGCAAAAGUGGUAUAGGAUCGUGCAGCUGGUGGGCAUGCUGUUGAUGAUGGGGAUCGCGGUGGGUGCCGCCGUGAGGGUGUUUUUGCUGUCGCAGGCGUUUGGGAAGCCGGAUGUGCAGCUGAGUGAUCAGGGGGAGAAGCAGUUGGGGUUUGGAAGCUUGUUGGGCCUGUUGAUGAUGGCCUUGCCGAUCAUAUCGAUCAUUGAGAUCAAGAGAGGAGAGGUAAUGGUGGCGCCGCCGUUGAGGGAUGAUGUGUCUGAUGAUGAGAAACCAUUGGUAUGAAAUUUGAAGUCGAUGAAACGGCGGGAGAUUCUCAUGGUGAUUCCGUGGCCUGGGGAAUCUGUUCGCUUGGAAAUUGGAAGAAAACAAUUGGCGCAAUUUUAUCCCGGCCUAAUCUCCGGCAGUCGGACGUCCGAUGGUACGGACACGGGAUGGAUGACACCUUCCUAUCGAAGUACUUUAGCCUGCAGGUCCGGGCGGCCAUCAAUUGGUCGAAACCGGCGUGACUAUACCGCGU